AUGUCAGGUCAACUAACUGGAGGAGAAGUGAUAGAGGAACCGAAGAAAGACCAAACGGCUACUCAGGAUGGUAUUGACAAGCUUGCCCCAAUUAACUUGAAGGCAGAUGAAGAGCAUCGCGCGAGCAAGGACAUUUCCCCCGAGAAGGCCGCGCACGUUGAUAGUGGUGAAUCGUCUAGGAAGCCUGUCAAUCCAUCGUAUAUCGGAUGGAAGCAGAUUGGUGGCUGGCAGGAAGACGAUGCUUUAACGGAAGCGGAUGAAAUGCUUGAUUUGAGUAAAGAUACAUAUUUGAACAACGUGAUUCCUGAUCAGUUCUACGGGGAUUGGUAUCAUCAACUCGGAUUGAUUGUUAUUACUGGAAUUCUGUCUUUUGGUAUCGGGCACUUCAAAUUCUCUUUUGCCCCAGUAUUUUUCAUCGGACUGGUGAGCGCUCUUCUGUAUAGAACGUCAGCCAUCAAGUACAGAUCCCGAAUCAGAGAUCAAUUGCAGAGAGAACUGACUGUGCAGAAAAUUGAAGACGAUUACGAGAGUCUGGAAUGGCUGAAUACGUUUCUGGACAAGUAUUGGCCUAGACUGGAACCUGCGGUUUCCCAAAUGAUUGUGCAGCAGGUCAACGAGAUGCUUGCUACCAAUCCAUCAAUUCCUCCAUUCAUUAAAGCACUCUGGAUUGAUCAGUUUACCCUGGGUGUGAAACCACCAAGAAUUGACACCGUCAAGACUUUCCAAAAUACCGAGUCUGACAUAGUUGUAAUGGACUGGGGCGUCUCGUUCACGCCACAUGUUUUGUGCGACAUGAACGCUAAGCAGCUGAGAAAUUACGUUAAUCAGAAAGUUGUCGUGAAAGCUAAGCUCUUCGGGCUCACCAUUCCCCUUCACGUUUCCAACUUUUCCUUGAGGGCAAAUGUCAGAAUUCGUUUCAAGCUCAUGACUCCAUUUCCCCAUGUGGAAACAAUUAACAUUCAGCUUUUGGAUGUUCCUAACAUAGACUUUAUUGCACGCCCCCUAGGGGACUUCAUAUUCAACUGGGAAGUCAUGUCUCUUCCAGGGUUGUUUCCCACUAUUAGAAAACUCGCUCAGGUAUACGCGGGACCUAUGCUGCUGCCUCCUUUCUCUUUGCAGCUAAACAUUCCCCAGCUUCUUUCUGGUGCCGCUGUCGCAGCUGGUGUUCUGGAAAUAACGGUAAAAAAUGUUAAAGGUCUAAGUCGUUCCACCGGGCUGCUCGCUAAGUCUAUCGAUCCAUAUUUGGCAUUCGAAGUUGGCGGGAAAGUUGUCGCCAAGACCAGAACUGUUAGAGAUUCAUUGAAUCCCGUAUGGGAUGAAAGCUUAUACAUUCUCGUGAAUGCGUUUACUGAUCCCUUUACGAUCACCAUUCUUGACAAGCGAGAAAGAAUGAAGGAUAAAGUUCUGGGUAGAAUUGAACACAAUUUGACAUCGCUUCAUGAGAAAAGUCAUCAGAAGAACCUUAAAGCUAACUUUUUGAGAAACUCUAAACCAAUUGGGACGCUUACAUUUGAUUUGCAAUUUUUCCCUACUAUUGAACCUAAGAAAUUGCCAGACGGCACAGUAGAAGAGCAGCCAGAAUUUAAUACAGGUAUCACGAAGAUUACAAUUGAGGAACUUGUUGGUCCAGGCUUUGCUAAGGAGAAACUUACAGGGUUUGUUGAGUUGUAUCUAAAUGCUAAACUAGUUUUGACAACAAGUAAAGCGUCUGGAAAGGAUAGUUUGAUUUGGAACCAAGGCUAUGAAGCAGUCAUUUCUGACCGCCGUAAAGCAAGAUGCAGGUUGGUCGUGAAGGAUUCCAAGGGCGAGGUGGUCACGAAAACAGUGCAAUCACUAAAUGAUCUCAUUGAUAGAACCCAGAUUGAUAAGAAAGCUAUCCCACUCAGAGAUAAACAGGCUGAAUUGAAGGUCGCAGCUAUUUGGAAACCUGUUGAUCUCGAUGUGGGAACUAAUGCAAUUGGAUAUACGCCACCAGUUGGAGUUGUGAGAAUUCUCUUGAACAAAGCUGAAGACUUAAAAAACUUGGAGAAAGUGGGCAAGAUUGAUCCCUAUGCGAGAGUACUGGUAAAUGGUAUUCCACGAGCCAGAACAGAAGCCAAAUCGCAAACUCUGAACCCAAUAUGGAAUCGGGCCGUCUAUGUUGCAAUCUCAUCCACCAAUCAAAAGCUCUCUAUCGAAGUGAUGGAUGUGGAAACUGUUAAGAAGGAUCGCUCUGUGGGAUCAUUUGACAUCAAGCUUGAUAACAUGUUCCAGAAGGGACCUGACGACAGAUACGUUGAGAAGGUCGAUAACGAACCAAGGACAGGACGUUUAGUCUUCAAAAAGGGAACCAAAGGUACAGUGACCUACUAUGUCUCAUUCUAUCCUGCUUUGCCUGUUCUAAGUUUGGAGGAAGUACAAGAGUUUGAUCAAUUGAAAGAGAGGAAGGCUAUACUAGCUAAAAGGAAGACGGAGGAGUUGUCUAAGGAAGAGAAAGAGCAAUUAAAGCAAGAGCAGAUGGAUAUUGAGGAUAUUGAGACCAUGUGCAGCAACAAGAUGAAGCUUGAUUUUAAUGAGCUGUUGCAGUACAACGCUGGUAUUUUCUCUUUAUCAGUUUUCAGCGGAGAAUUGCCUCAAGUUGGGCUUUAUGUUCAGGCCUUUUUUGAUGGAAGCGGCGAACCUCGUUUUGUUAGUCCCAAAAUACCUACCAGAAGUAUCACUACUGGAUGGACUGGUGAUGUGAUGAUCAAAGAGCUUGAAUAUUCAGUAGCUACUUUCAGAGUGACUAAAAAUAAAAAUGCAAACAAGGCGGAGGACUGCAUUUGUGAAGUUGUAAUACCAACUAUAGAGCUGAUCAAAAAUUGUUACUUUAAGCCAUCUAUAUUAACCUUAUCAGGAGCUAAUAGUGCCAAAUUGAUGAUUCAAGCAUCAUGGUUUCCAAUUGCCGUUUCAGAGCUUCCACAGGCAGAUCUGAUUACCAACUCUGGAGAUCUGACUGUCACCGCUAAGAGCGCUGAACAUCUAAUUUCCGCAGACUUGAAUGGCUAUUCCGAUCCAUUCCUCAAAUUCUAUUUAAACGAUGAUAAGGAUCCAAUCUUUAAGACACACCAUCAAAGAAAGACAUUGGAUCCCGUUUGGAACCAGUCAGCAACCAUAGUGAUCCAUAACCGAGUCAACGACUAUCUGCGCAUCAAGGUCAUGGAUUGGGACGCUGCAAACGCAGAUGAUUUGAUUGGUAGAGCAGUUGUUCCCCUCUCAAAGAUUGACCCAGAAAGCACAACUGAGCUGGAUGUACCUGUCGUCGCCGAGGAUGGAAGCGACGGUGGUGUGCUUCAUUUAUCAUUCCAAUUUUCUCCAAGAUAUACGCUGAAUGUUAAGAAGACCGAAAAAAAGGUCGGCGACAUCGCACAAAAGGGAUUAGGAACGGGUUUGAAGGUUGGUACCACUGUUGUUGGUGCCGGUUUUGGUACCAUCGGUAAGCUCGGCCGGACGAUGUUUGGCGGCAAGAAGAAUCAUUAUGUGGCGCAAGGCGUGUACAAUGCCGCUGUUUAA